AUGGGAACCUUGGCCGCCAUGGCCGCGUUCUUCACUAUUCGUUCCGCCGCCAGGGUUGGGGUCGAUUCUGUCCGGGAUAAACAUCCCUCGAGCGGGACCGCCGGCUUCAAUUUUGCGCCUCUGGCGAGUUUUUGGAUCGAACGGACGCGGUUUGGGUGGGCGGCACGUGUGGCACCCUUUGGGGGCCAUCCCGUGGCGCGUCCCGACUGCUCUCUGUGUUUUCGCGCUCGUUUUGACCCUCUCCUGCUCUGCUCCCCAGGAGCACAUGAGAACAUGCACCAGUGCACGGAGACACUGAUGAGGUCCGCUGAGGGCGGCCUGGUGAUGGGGGCCCCCGAGAUGCUGGGGCUGGAUCGGCGCAACGCGGAGCUGGACGGCAGCCACGGCACCUGGGGGGCUGACGUGGUGAAGAGUGUUGCGGCCAAGUCGUCGUUCGCGGGCGCCGUGCCACCGGUGGAGAUCCCAGCGGAGCAGUGCAGGCUGUGGCAGCUGCCGGCCCCCAGUGCUGCCCCCGCGCCCCCGAUGGGGUCGAAAAACACCCAGGGCCGGCGGCCCAGAAUGGAGGACACGGACGCCAUGAUCACCAACCUGCUCGAGGUGCCACUCCUCUUCCACGCGGACGACCGCAUCGUGCCCAAGGCGGUCGAGGCCGUGCUCCAGCCCCUGUGGGAGGAUGCCCUGGGAUCGCCGCGAUCGCCCCUCACCAGGUUUCCAUCGGAGCAGAGCGAGGCGGACAUGCAGGUGCAGGGGGCCAAGUUUGCCGGCGGCAGGCAGCCCCAGCGCCUGGACGCCAGCUUCCACUUCGUGGGCGUCUACGACGGCCACGGUGGGCAGAUGGUGUCCAGGGAGGCUGCGCAGAACCUCCACCUCUAUUUCAGGAAGGCCUUCAACCGGGCACUGUCCGCCUCCAAUACCGCUGACUCCAGCUCAACGGACUCCUGCAAGUCGGACUGCACCCACAGGAGCGAAUCGCCCGUCUCCGGACUGGCCCUGAAGAGGAAGCACUCCAACUGGCGCAGGCGCGAUGACAGCGGCCUUUCCUCCAGCAGCUCGGGAAGCCUGCUCUCCCCUGCCCACAAGACCGCCAGAAAGGGUGGAGACCUGUCUGCAGAUGGGGACCUGUGGCCAUCCGGCUCCAUCUCGCCGUUCGCCUGGAACAGGGCGAACGCUCUGGCGAGGGACCACCCAGGCCUGCGGCUGCAUCAGGUGGAGGACGCCAUCCUGGAGGCCUUCCGCAUGUUGGACAACCAGCUGCUGGAGCAGGACGAGGCCAGGAGCACCGGGUCCACUGCCGUUGUGGCGAUGGUGAGCACCUCGCACCUGUGCCUGGCCAACUGCGGAGACUCCAGGGCGGUGCUGUCCAGAGGAGGCGUGGCGUACAGGUUGACGCGCGACCACAAACCUGAGCUGGACGAUGAAGAGGAACGGAUCAACAGCUGUGGGGGCAGAGUCCUUGACUUCAACGGCAAGAGAGUCAUGGGUUUGUUGGCCAUGUCUCGGGCACUUGGAGAUCAUUGCCUCAGGGAUGUGGGCGUGGUUGCAGAGCCAGAGGUCACAAUAAUCAGUCGCAGCCAGGAGGACGAAUUUUUGGUGCUGGCCAGUGAUGGCUUGUGGGAUGCCCUGUCAGACAACGAGGUCUGUGACUUGGCUCGCAGAUGCUUUCAGCGUGCCAAGGAACGUGGAGCAGCACCAGAGACGGCCUCCAGGGUGGCAGCGAGUGUGCUCAUGAGAGCAGCCCUUGAUAGGGGCUCAAAUGACAACAUCACUGUUACUGUUGUAGACCUGCGUUAUGAUAUUUGA